AAACGCAAGCCCAGCCCCGCAGUCCGCCUACUCUACUCCCCCGCCUGCCACCGUCUCUCUCUCUCGGUCCGCCUGCAGCAUUCGACAUCCCAGCGAGGAUUUUUCACUACAGAGAUGGCUGCGAAAGUGUGUAGAACAGUGCUCCUCUUGACCAGGAGCAGCGGCGCGGUGGUCACCGGGCUCCCAGCACUUGCUAUCUCAUCACAGCGGCACCAACAGCAUAUAAGAUCGGACCAGCCUGUCAGGAGAGCACAUGGCCUGCGGUCAGCCUCCCGCUCUGCACUGUUCACCCAGCCUCCCACCAGCCUCUCAACUGCCCUCUCAACCCAGGGAUGGAGGGGUGCCCCCUCAUGGCAGGGCCAGAGACUACUGAGUUCCUCCACCGCUCCAGAAGAGGUGACGGUGGUGUACCAGAAUGGACUGCCGGUGAUCUCAGUCAGUUUGCCGUCCCGUAGGGAGCGAUGCCAGUUCACUCUGAAGCCCCUCAGUGACUGUGUUGGGGUGUUCCUCACACAGCUGCAGACAGAGGACAGGGGCAUCGACCGUGUGGCCAUCUACUCUACAGAUGGGGCAAGGGUAGCCUCUUCUACAGGGAUAGACAUCCUGCUGUUGGAUGACUUCAACCUGGUCAUCAACGACGUUACGCACCUGGUUCGACCGCCACGGAGAGAUCUCCUAGCCAAUGACGAGGCAGAGCGUCUGAACGACGUUAAGUUCCUGGUUCAGCAGCUCUACACCACCAUGCGUAUAGAAGAGCAUCAGCUUAGUAAAGAGAAGGAACUGGUGGUCAGACUAGAGGACCUCAACUCACAGCUACGUCCUCUAGAGAAGGUGAGGGAGGAGCUGAGUCGUAAGGCGGAGCGUCGUACCACCUGGGUGCUGUGGGGGGGCAUGGCCUACAUGGCAACACAGUUUGGGAUCCUGGCGCGUCUCACCUGGUGGGAGUACUCCUGGGACAUCAUGGAGCCUGUCACCUACUUCAUUACCUACGCUACCGCCAUGGCUAUGUACUCCUACUACGUACUCACACGCCAGGAGUACAUCUACCCAGACGCCAGGGACAGACAGUACCUGCUGUUCUUCCACAAGGGGGUGAAGAGACAACGCUUUGACAUCUACAAGUACAACGAGCUGAAGGACUCUAUCGCUGAGGUGGAGUUAGAUCUGAAACGCCUGAGGGACCCCCUCCAGCUCCAACUCCCUGUCCAGCAACUCACCGCCGCCAGCAAAGAUUGAUGGGAAGAGUGAUGUCCUCCUCUGCUUUCCCUCCACUCCUCCAUCCUUCCUUUCCUUACCCUCCUCCAUCCUUCCUUUCCUUUCCCUCCUCCAUCCCUCCUUUCCUUACCCUCCUCCGCUCCUCCAUCCCUCCUUUCCAUCCCUCCUU